UUUUACAUCUGAAUGUGGUUUGUGCUCUUCUUGAUUAAUACUUUAGGCUUAAAAACAUCAAAAAAUAGUUAGCAAACAUUCUAAAUUAUUAAUUUCAACUGAUAUGACAGAAAACAAAAGUAUAGAUCCGCAGAUAGAAGACUUCAUUAACGCCGAAACGCAAAAACAACGUUUCCAGGUGUUGGUUCACGGUCUUACCGACACAUGCUGGGACUCCUGCAUGGGCCGGCCCUCGACGCGCAUGGAUUCUAAAACGGAAGUAUGCAUUAUGAACUGCGUUGAGCGCUUCAUUGACGCAACCACAUUCAUUACGAAACGUUUGAUGAACACUACUAAAUACCGUUCGGACGCCCCGCUAGAAUUCUAGCAACUGACUGUUUUGUGGUACUAAAGGACUAAACAGAACUAAACAUGUUCUCCAGUGUACGAAACUUUUUGCACCGACACAGGAGGAAGUUUAUUGUAACUGGUGCAGUAUUCGGUGGGCUGUACUUACUAACAAGUUACGCUCAAAAAAAAUUACGGGAAUGGCAAGAAAGAGAAGCAAAAAAAUUUUUUGAGAUGACUCGUAAAAAGCAGCACUUUGAAAGCACUGAACGGACUUGUAAUCAGACAAUUCUAUCCUUGUCUAAAAUUGUCACGGAUAAUAUUUUGAGUUCUAUAGACACUGAAAGAAUUGUUCAAGAGUUGCAGGAGAACCCAGAAAACAAAUUGGCUUUGUGGGAACAAAUGAAAAUAAUGAUUUUCACUAGAAUCUGUGUCAUUGUAUAUGCAUUGACCAUAUUGCAAGUGACAUUGAGAAUUCAACUCAAUAUAAUUGGAGGAUAUCUCUAUAGAGACUCUGUAUGUGAGGAGGAACCCCUUAUUGACAGUGAUCUACAAGCUAAAUACUUAUCUUUAUGCCAUCACUUUGUCAGCCAAGGCAUUGAAGACUUUGUAAAGCAAAUUGAACAAGCAGUCAAACGUGUUGUAGAGCCAGUGUCAUUGAAAAAGAAAAUAACAUUACAAGAAGUAGAACAAUUGUUCUGGUCCAUACAAACUAUUUUAUGUACUGAUACAGUACAAGGAGAUCCAGUAAAGAAAAUGGUGCACUAUUUAGUGGGGCACACUGCUACUACUAAUGGACCAAAACUGGAUACAAUAGUAAAAGAAACUAUGGAUGUAUUGGAAAGUGAUGAGGUCACCUCAAUAGCUAUGUCCUCGAUUGGCAGAAGUUUCUCAUCUGUUAUUGAUGAAGUGGCAAAUUUGUUUGCAACCAGGUCGGCUCCAAUUACUAAGAACCAUUUGGAAGUAGGAGAGGGUCAUGUGGUCACAAAUGGAGCUCUAAGGCUGGGUACAAGUCCCAGUCCAUUCAUAGAUGUAAAUAAAGUAGAAUUGCAUUUUGUUAAAAUUUUACCACUGAUCAAUGAACUGAUCACUAAAAACACAUGCAAGGGUAAUACUAACAUUCCAGAUUUAUUAACUCAACAGCUAACCCUCAAUGACAAGUUAAAAUUGUUGGGUGCAAAUAUUUAUGAAGUAUUCAGUAGUUCCUAAAUUUAGUGCUGUGCUAAAUAUGGAGUUGGAUUUGGUUUGGGAUUCCGGGUUUGUUUUUUAAAGUUAUUGUAGUAAUAGUGGCUAAAUGGU